CCAGCUUAGGUUGCGAGCACAGACACAAGUGCCACCCAGGUCACUCACUGGAUGGCAUCCCAGCCCCUCAACCAGAGUCAGUUCUUCCAGCCAAAUGCCACGUCCUGUGAAGAUGCCCAGGCAUGGGGCCUGCUGUCCAAGGUGCUGCCCACGCUCAUCCUUACCAUCUGCUGCUUCGGUCUCCUGGGAAACACCUUUGUCCUGUCUGUCUUCCUGCUGUCCCGGAGGCGCCUGAGUGUGCCAGAAAUCUACCUGGCCCACCUGGCAGCCUCUGACCUGGUGUUUGUCCUGGGCCUGCCCUUCUGGGCAGAGAACAUCUGGAACCAGUUCAACUGGCCAUUUGGAGCUGUCCUCUGCCGCCUGGUCAACGGAGUCAUCAAAGCCAACUUGUUCAUCAGCAUCUACCUGGUGGUGGCCAUCAGCUGGGACCGCUACCGCGUGCUGGUGCAUCCCAUGGCCACCUGGAGGCAGCGGCGGCAGCGGCUGCAGGCCCAGGUCACCUGUGUCCUCAUCUGGGCAAUGGGAGGCCUCCUGAGCAUCCCCACGUUCCUGCUGCGAGGUGUCGACACCAUGCCCGGCCUGAACAUCUCGGCCUGCGUGCUGCAGUUCCCCCAGGAGACGUGGGCCUGGCACACAGCGAGGAUGGUGGAGCUCAGUGUGCUGGGCUUCCUCCUGCCGCUGGCUGCCAUCACCUUCUUCAACCACCACAUCCUGGCCGUCCUUCGAAGGCGGGCGGAUGUCCGCAGCAUGAGGUGCGGGGGCUCCUCGGACAGCAAGACCACGGCGCUGAUCCUCACGCUGGUGCCCACUUUCCUGGUCUGCUGGGCCCCCUACCACUUCUUUGCCUUCCUGGACUUCCUGUUCCGGGUGGGCGCCCUCCAGGGCUGCUUCUGGGACCAGUUCUCGGACCUGGGCAUGCAAUUCGCCAGCUUCUUCGCUUUCAUCAACAGCUGCCUGAAUCCAGUGAUUUACGUCUUCAUGGGCCAGCUUUUCAGGACCAGGGUCCGGGAGUUUUAUAAGCAGUACACCCCUGGAAGCCGGGAUGCUGCCUCCUUGUCUGCCAGGAAAGAGAUUCUCCAACUCUUCUGGCGGAAUUAAGACUGCAGUGAGUCGAGAAACGUCCUUAGACGCAGCUUCUACACAACAAACAGUACUGGGUUCGGCUGGACAACGGCCCCCAAAGAUGCCGGUAUCCUGGGUACAGUGAACACUAUCUUUAAUGCCAAGGAGGGCUCUGCCGGAGUGGUAAAAGGAAGGAUGUGGAAUGAGGAGAUUCUCCUGGACAGCUGGGGUAUUCGCAGAGCCCCGAUGGGAGGGCAGCAGCAGAAGGUUUGCCUGCAGAAUGAGGAGGUGUGAUGGUGAAAGCAGGAGACCAAAGGGUGUGAGGAAGGGAUCCGGCACCACACAGCCUCGAGCCGUUGCUGGAACAGGACAGGGGCUAUCCCACAGCACCCUGCUGACCCCUGGACUCUCACCCCUCUGACCCUAAUUCUGGACUCCGGCCUCCAGAACUGUACGGGAAUAAAUGUGUGUCGUUUGAAGCCAA